GAAAUAUGAGAUCAUGACAAUGUUAGGCUUAUAAAUUGUCAGAGCUUUGGGCUGCUGGCAGACUGAACUCUGUGAAAGAAAGUGGGAUCCAAAACACAAGUGGAUUGAGGCAAACUAUAAGAAGCUUUUGUUAAAAAUAAAAUCAAGAUCCAAGGAAAGGUUUACCUUCGCUAGUGGAGUUUGCAGUACAAUUUCGGAAAUAUGUGUUGUGGAGGGUGUGCCAAGUGUCUUGGAGUUACUCUCAUUCCUCUAGCUCUAUUAUGCAUUCUCGCCAAUAUUUUGUUAUUUUUUCCUGGGGGAACAAUUGAAACCAGCGACCAUAUUUCAGAUGAAGUUUGGUACUUUGGAGGAAUUUUGGGUUCUGGUGUACUGAUGGUGUUUCCUGCUUUGGUCUUUUUGGGUCUUAAAAAUAAUGAUUGUUGUGGGUGCUGUGGAAAUGAAAACUGUGGAAAGAGAUUUGCUAUGUUUACUUCUAUCAUAUUUGCAGCAGUUGGAAUUGUGGGUGCUGGAUACAGUUUUAUUGUGUCAAUUGUGGCUUUGAACAAAGGCCCCAAGUGUAACAUUGAUAGCAACAAUAGUAGCAACUGGGCCUAUCCAUUUAACAAUGGGGAUUACCUUGGGGAUCAUAAUUUAUGGAACCGUUGCCAGUCACCAGAAUCCAUUGUGCCCUGGAAUCUGACACUCUUCUCUCUGCUGCUGAUAAUGAGUGGAAUUCAACUGCUCUUGUGUGCCAUUCAGGCAAUCAAUGGUCUCUUUGGAACUGUCUGUGGAGACUGUAAAUGUUGUGGGUGCUCUGGGAUGCUGACCACCAGAGAACAUAGAAGCUGGACAUCCCAAGACAAAAUGGCUGUACAGGAUAGUGACCAGUCCCUGGAGGGAAGGGAGCAGACCAGAUGCUGUAGCCAAUUGGAGUUGAGGCUGUUACUAGAUUAGAAGGAAGCACUGAAGACUAUCCACUUGGAUUAAAAAGUUGUGAAAAGAAAACUAGCCUGGUGCAUUCUGAACAAACACCUUCAAGCAACAAUUCUCCCACAAAAUAGUGUUCACCG